GCUGCCGGUAGCAGGGGCUUCCUCUACUGUCUGAUUAUGUGGGCUUUCUGGCUGCAGCUGAUUUUUUGCUGUUUGUGGCAGCUGUGCAUAGAAGGCCAGACUCUGGGACCACAAAUUGCAAACCCCAAAUUUGCCACAAACAAUCCCACCCUCACAACGGUUGCUUUAGAGAAGCCCUUCUGUGUGUUUGAUGGCUCGAUGUUGAAAGGAGCAGCCUAUGAAGUAUACCUGUAUGUCAUGAAGGACUCUGCAAGUACGUCAGGUUCCUUUGUUAUGGACAAUAGCAGUAAACCUCUCGAUGCAACUUUCCAACAAACCAGCGGAGGACAAAGUGGGCCUUACAAAGCUGCGGUCUUUAAUGUUCCAAACUGUGCGUCGCUUCCCAAGCUGUCUGAUGCUGUGGACGCCACCAAAGCACCUGCCAUCAUCUCUCAGUAUCUGGUCAGAGUUGGUGAUGAUGCCACUUGUUUGUAUGACCCAAAUUUUCUAGAUGCUUGUAAUCCGCCUCUCUCCCAAGACACUGCCUACAGGUUUAAAUACGUCCUUGUAGACAAUACAGCAGGUGUCAUGAAAGACCAAACUCCCUGGUCUCAACCAAUCAAAACCAGAAAGUUGAAAUGGUCCUCCACCAUUGAUACCUGGCCAGGUCGCAGAAGUGGUGGAAUGAUAGUCAUAACUUCCAUCCUGAGUGUGCUGAUGUUCACCCUCGUGGCUGGAUUUCUUGCUGCUACUCUUCUGACUGUAACGGCAUCAGAAGAGACUCCCACUGAGAUGAGAUAUGAAUCCCAAACAACCCAACAGACUUCUCCAAGAGUGCUAGAAACUUCUGAGUCAGAACUAGAAGUUGCUUCCACCCACUAAAUAUAGUCUUCAAGUCAGAAAAGGUGGCAAACCAGCUGUGGAUGUCCUUUCAAUGCUCCCAGAUACUUGAAUACAAAGUCUGGCUACAAAACUGCACAUCUUUAAAAAACUGUGACCCCGUGUGACUAGUCCCAUGCAUAGAACAGGAAUAUUCAUGAACUUAUCUCCAAUUCUCAAGCAGCGAUGAACUUAAUUAUAUGGCUUUUUUAAGUUUAAAAGGGGACCUUUUCUGGGUGGGGAGUCCAAAAUAAUAUUCUAACAUUAAUUGCUUGAAUGACUUCUUAACUUUGAGCAAUGGGCUAUAAGUCCUUUUUACUGAAGUUGGGGGUAGGCCAUAUGAUGUUUUCUAGUAUUUCUGACUACAACUCCCAUUAGCCCCAUCCGACAUAGCCAGUGGCCAGGGAUUAUGGGAGUUGUAGUUCUAAACAUCUGAAAGACACCAAACUGGCUGCCUUGAUUUAAGUGAUAUAGCCUGGGUCAUUUAGCAUGUGUGGUUUUUAUAAAGCAAUCAUUUGAUUUGUGGAAAUUGAUUGUAGUAGAGUACAAAUUUAAACUUCUGAAGGUAUCAUAAUUGAUGCUGUAUUUCAGUUCCAAUUUAAAAGAAGAGAAUAAUUAGAAGCGUAAUUAGAGUCAGCGUGGCCGAGUGGGGAGGGGAAUGGCAGAGGAAACUGGUUACAAAUCUGAAAAUUGUUGUGGCUGCUUAAGCUCUGUCUUAGGGUGAAACUGAGCAACAUUUAUACAUAGAAUUGCAUGGGAAACCACAUUCCAGAAUGCUCAUUUGUUUAAUGUACAUCAUGACAUUACUGAAAAUCUUCCUGCGCUUGGAACAAUAGGGCAUCGGAUUAAGCAUUCUUGACCUUGUUCUGACGCGAUACUCCUCUAAUAACACAAUCUGCGGUGUUUUCACGCAGCAAGAGUUGCCGAGUAUGAUUUUUGCUGGCCCUGUUGUCAGUCUAAUCUACAUCAGACCUAAUGAAGGGCAUCCCAAAAAAGUUUUUUGUUGACUUGGCUGAGGGAUGGGGAGUUUGUGGCCUCCAACUCUACUUGGAUUCCAGCUCCCAUCAGUCCCAGGCAGUGUGGGCAAUGGAUGGUGGGAGUUGUAGUUUAGUAACAGCUAGUGUAGGAUUGACCACUUGAUUUGUAAAGUGAUAUUGUAACUAAAAAUCUCAAUCCAGAUACUUUAAGCUUAAGCUUUUUUUUUUUAAUGUUGUUGGCUGAUUGCAUGAUUCAUAAGUGUUGUGGUAAAAACUGAAAGAUACUUUGAAGUUCUGGAGCAUGAGUAUACAAGCUGUGAAACCGGGAGCUGAAGAAUGGUAAAACGCUGCUUGAACAGAGUUUAACGGUGCUCCAUAGUUGUAACUUGCC